UUCACUAACUGUCCGCCAUACCCUGCCUGAGUUUGCAGUUGAGUGCGCCAGGGCAGCACGGCUGUCUUACAUAACUUUAAUAUACUCGCGGGUUUAAUGGCGCAGAAGCAGAGCAUUGCUGCGCAGAUCUGUCGAUUGAUUGCGGAUUUAUCCUGAAAUCGCGAGCAAGUGACCGAUCGGCUACUUUUUCCUACCACCGACGACGUGCGUUAAAAGUUAUCUACAGAUCGACGACACGCGCACUCAGUGGAUCCAACCAGCUCCAGAUAGAUCAGCGACGUUGUCUAAAAUAGCUGAUAUUUCAGACGCUUUCCGGCUGUACCGGGAGAGAGGCGGCAACUAAUCCAGCUGACAUAUCACCACGCAGUGUUGCCGCAAGGAAGGGGGUUUAUUUGAGGGCUUGACCGUGUGGACUCUGUUUUUAUUUAUUUUUUUUUUCGCAUUUUUCCCCAACUGGGACUGACAGGAGAUGACCUAAUCGGUAGAGCGCAUCCUUCUUUCACUACAGGAUAAAAAAAAAAAUGGAUCAGGGAGGACUGAAGCGCAACGGUAAUCGAGACGACAGUCUGACAUUUGGGGAGGCAGAAGUCGGAGUAGGCAGAGAUACAGGUGACACAACUGGUUCACUGCUCCAGUCUGCAAUGCACCUGCCAGGCCCGGGGUCCCCAAAUGGACAAGGUGGAACCAAAGACCAGGGGGAGCUUGGAGGUCUCUUUGAUUCCCCUCGGCAUUAUGUCCUACCAGACAUGAAGGAGGGUAAAAUCAUCAGACUGGAGAAACAACAACAACGGGAUAUUGAUCUUUUCAGCAUGGAGGAGAGCUUGCUGAAACAGGGUAUUUCCGAUCUGGACCGCUCGUCCACCUCUGUCAUCAACACCUCAGACAUCUCCGUCCUGGGCAACCUCCCUCUGCCGGACCUUUUUCCCCAGCACAUCAAGCAGGAGGGGAAUUUUUCUAUGGAUAAAGACUUGGAAAUUUACAGUGGACGUGCAGGGGCUGGUCCGAGUGAUUUGGAUGGCAGCAGCAGUCGUCUAAUCGAGGAUACUGAGAUUUGGCAAGAAAUAGACCUUCCUAGCUCUCUGCCAGAAAUCAGUGAUUUUGAAUUGGAUUCAGAAGUGGAACACUUGGGUAACAUCCUGCAUGAGAGCAGGGGUGGUGGCGGUCCAAUCAGCGGCUUGCUAAAGGAAACAAAGUCUCUUGUGGAUAACGGAGUAAACUGUACCAACGUGAACGGCGCAGACCACUCCGUUCAGCAUCAUCCUCACCAGCAGCAGCAGCAGCAGCACCACCACCUAUUACAGCACCAGCAACAUCAGCUUCAUCAUCAGCAGCAGCCGCCUGAAUCACUUCUGUCCAGCGUUAUGAUCAAGGAAGAGAAGGAUCCUGACGACUCUUUCAUCCGCAUCUGCACUUCUGAUGUGGUCAAGCAGGAGAAGCAAGAGGGCGCUGGUUUCUGCCAGGCGCAGUGUCUACAGAGUGGCAUGAGCUCUCUACAUGGAGCAGGCCACAUGUCCUCACCUAUGGGCAUCGGUGCAGGACCUGGCUACAACUACAGAGCCAACCCAUCCUCCGCAGUGGGCCUACAAGACCAUAAGCCCUUUGGCAUGUACUCAAACCUGGCUCUGGCCGGGGAGAGUUGGGCCAGGGGGAACAGGUAUGGAGAGUCAUCCGGGAUACAGAGGGUUGACGAUGGGAUCCCCUCCGCCGCAGCCUUGGCAACGUUUCCCAUCAGCUACUCCAGCUCGUCACCCAGAGCAGGAGAGACCAGCAGUUCUGCAGUGCCGGUCCAAACCAAGUCCAGCGGGCAGGCACAUAAGAUCUGUUUGGUGUGUUCAGACGAGGCCUCGGGAUGCCACUACGGGGUCGUCACCUGCGGCAGCUGCAAGGUGUUCUUCAAGAGGGCCGUCGAAGGAUGGAGAGCACGACAAAACACAGAUGGCCAGCAUAACUACCUGUGUGCAGGGAGGAAUGACUGCAUCAUUGAUAAGAUCCGAAGGAAGAAUUGUCCAGCCUGCCGCUUCAGGAAAUGUCUUCAAGCCGGAAUGAACUUGGAAGCGAGGAAAAACAAGAAGCUAAUCAAGAUGAAAGUACAGCGCCCCCCUGGACCAUCGGAGCCUGUCAGCAACAUGCCUGUUCCAGUCAUCCCCAGGUGCAUGCCCCAACUCGUGCCCACCAUGUUGUCUGUGCUCAAGGCCAUCGAGCCAGAGAUCAUCUACUCAGGCUACGACAGCACACUGCCUGACACCUCCUCGCGGCUCAUGACCACUCUCAACAGGCUGGGGGGACAGCAGGUCAUCUCUGCAGUCAAGUGGGCCAAGUCAUUGCCAGGCUUCCGCAACCUGCACCUGGAUGACCAGAUGACACUGCUGCAGUGCUCCUGGCUCUUCCUCAUGUCCUUCAGCCUUGGUUGGAGGUCGUACGAGCAGUGUAACGGGAGCAUGCUCUGCUUCGCCCCUGAUCUCGUCAUUAACAAAGAACGUAUGAAGUUGCCCUUCAUGACCGACCAGUGCGAGCAGAUGCUGAAGAUCUGUAAUGAGUUUGUCAGACUGCAGGUGUCCUAUGACGAGUACCUGUGUAUGAAGGUCCUGUUACUGCUCAGUACGGUACCGAAAGAUGGCCUGAAGAGCCAGGCGGUGUUCGAUGAGAUCAGGAUGACGUACAUCAAGGAGCUGGGAAAAGCCAUCGUCAAGAGAGAGGAGAACGCUAGUCAGAACUGGCAGCGCUUCUACCAGCUAACUAAGCUACUGGACUCCAUGCAGGAGAUGGUUGAGGGUCUUCUCCAGAUCUGUUUCUACACCUUUGUGAAUAAAACCCUCAGUGUGGAAUUCCCUGAGAUGCUGGCAGAGAUCAUCACCAACCAGAUACCAAAAGUCAAAGAUGGGAGCGUCAAGCCUCUGCUGUUUCAUCAGAAAUGACUGCCUUAAACUGUGAAGCAAUGCCUUACAUUAAGCCCUACCCGUGUAUCUCUACGAAGCCGCAAUCUCUGAACCUGCGCCCUAAGCCUUUGCUUGUCCUGUCCAUCGCUCUUGAUUCAAUUUCUUGGUCUUUUUGUUUUUUUUCCCUGGGCCCCCUCUAGGAAUUCCGCCACUCCCCUAAAGGACUCAGCCAUUUGGACUCAUUUCAGAGCACAGCACCCGUGGCCUCACACAACCUAAUGUAUUCCCAUGUUUGUCCAAACUACAGUAGAACAUCCACCGACCGAUCUGGAGCCCCUCCUGUAGCGUAACUAAGAAGAAUUUGUCCUACAGGGGAAAUAUGUUGGCUCUGAAUGUCUGUCUUGUGGGCAGGAAGCAUUAUGGGCAACCUUUUUCCUUUUUUCAGCGCCCUCAUCCUCUCCUCCGUCCACAGCCCUAUCCUCAGGUCUCUAAUGCUUUUUCUUUUGGUGGCUGUCUGCCUCUUACUCCGUCUUGCCUCCAGUGUUUUAUUGGUGUUUUCGCUGACAAGCCAACACCCAGAAAUACCUUUUCUUCCCUCAACUUGACGCCUAAUCUACUGUCCAACUUGCCGGAUUAACAGCCUAUUGAAGCUCGGCUCAAGUUCCGGCCUUGCUGUUCCUCUGCUCACCUGCCCAGCUUGUCUCUGUUUGCCCUUCCCAUCUCCACUGUGCGGAGAAUGUAGUGAGUUCACUUGUUGAGGUUUCCCAAGGAGUUUGGGUGACGAAGGGGACAAACCAAAAGACAGAAAAAUUAGAAACACACUCUGGUUUGAGAGAGUCUUUAUUUUUUUUCUGGACCCAAGGACAUUGAGGAGAAACUGUUUUCAGCUGUGAAUCAGUUAUCUUUUCUGAAAUGAUAUAAAUAAGAUUUAUAUACCUGACCAAUGGAAGAAAAAAAAUCAGCUAGAGUAAUAUUCUUCAUUUAUUUUAAACAGUCGUGCAUUUCUGACUACUACACGCUUACACAGAAACAUACAAAGUAUGUGCAGACACACGCUCACUCAGCAAAAUGUUUACACAUGAUGUAUCUGAGAAGGGAAAAACAGUGCCUUUUAGCUUUUAAAGCUCUUCAUAGCCAUUCUCCCUAAAUCCUUGUUUGUUUUUAUUAUUAUUAUUAUUAUUUUUUUUUUUUUAGAUAUUUUGCAGAGAAGUCUAACCUUGACAUCCUUCCACAUAUGGGCUUUUUUCUGUUUUUGUUUUUUCAUGCUGGCAGUUUCUUUCCAAACCACCAUUUUGGUGUGGGCAGCUCUCCCUGCUCUGAUUCCCAGACCUGCACCAAAGGAAGACAGUCUGGUACAGAUUAGAAAUAUACAGAGCAGUGUCAAAUAUUAAGAUCUUAAUUUUUAGGUGUUUAAAAGUUUGAGAAUCACUUUCAAAAAACA